CCCGACCGGGAACGGGACCGGGACCAGGCCCAGGUAGGCGGCGGCCUGGCGGGGCAGAUCCCCCCGGCAGCCGGGCUGGAGGCUCCCCGGGGGGCGCGGCCAGCGCAGGACGCCUGGGUUCUGCUCCCCGCCCGCUCCGUGCCUCAGUUUCCCCCUCUGCGCAGCGGGCUGAGGCGCUCCGCAAAGCGCUAGGGCGCUGGGACAUUAGAGGCAGGUCCAAUGUAUUUUGCUGAGAUCCAGUGGGCUCUGCUGGACCCCGCUCCAAGGCCCGUCUACAGGGACAUGGUUCCGGAGAACUACGGGACGCUUCUUUCUCGGGAUAGUGGAAUUAUUAACCCAGCCCUGCAGCAGGGAGGCCUCGAGACAGCACAGUCCCACGGGACGUUACCAGGGAUGAGAUCCGAAGGGAACGUUUACCACGCCCCAGGCCAUGCAGCCACCUGCCAGAGCCAGGCCAGGCUAGCAGGAAAGCCAUGGAGCAAAACAGCUGCCAACAGCGAGGGCCUGAAGAAACUCAAAGAGGGCAGUGCUGCCCUGCAGCGGGUCCAGGCUCUGCCUCUCCCCCAGCCUGGAGGGAGCCAGACCGUAUGCACCCAGUGUGGGGGCAGUUUUGGCCAAAGUGUGCGCCCUGCCCAGCUGCCGCCGCAGCCACCCCAGCCGCGGGUCCCGGCAGCAGAGAGAUUCUACCAGUGCCCUGACUGCGGGAAGAGCUUCUCGGUCAGCUCGCACCUGACCAUCCACCGGCGGAUCCACACGGGGGAGAAGCCCUACCGGUGCGGCGAGUGUGGGAAGAGCUUCAGCCAAAGCUCCACCCUGGUGCUGCACCGGCGCACCCACACCGGGGAGAAGCCCUACAAGUGCACCGAGUGCGGGCGGAGCUUCGCCGUCAGCUCCCACCUGGCCAAGCACCAGCGCACCCACACCGGGGAGAAGCCCUACCAGUGCCACCACUGCGGGAAGCGGUUCAGCCAGAGCUCCACCCUCAACCUCCACCAGCGGACCCACACCGGGGAGCGGCCUUACCGCUGUGCCGAGUGCGGCCGGGGCUUCUCCGUCAGCUCCCACCUGACCAUCCACCGGCGGAUCCACACGGGGGAAAAGCCCUACCGGUGCGGCGAGUGCGGCAAGAGCUUCCGUCAGCGAUCAGGGCUCAUCACCCACCAGAGAAGCCACGCAGCGCACAGACCCUACAAAGGUUUUACCAGCGUGUCUAGGUCCGUUUGCCGGAACCGCGACUCCCGGGUCGGUGUCAGUAGCCGCCGGGAGGCUCCCGGCCACUCCCGGAGGGUUGGCAAGCCCAGCGCCCCGGCGAGGGGCGGGUUAAAACCAGCGAGCCGGCGGCCGCGGGGCAGAGCGGUGCGGGGGGCGGGGCCGGAGCCGGAGCCGGAGGAUGCAACUGAGACCGGAGCUUCCGGGUGCGGCAGCCCGGCCAGGACGGGGCCAUCCGGCUGCGCGGGGCCCGGGGCGGCGGCGGCGCGGAGCAGCGCCCGGGGGGGAUUCCCAGCCCCCUGCCCCCACGACGUGCUGUUCCAGAUGAGGCGAGGGGAAGGGCCCUGCGCCCCGCAUCUCCAGGACUCCACGGAAAGGGUGGUCCUGAGGGGAACCUGUGCAGGUGGCAGGAGUGAGCCUGAGGUGGGAGAUCUCUGGCAAGAGGCCGCACAGCCACACAGGAUGUCCACGAGAGGCUCCGCCGGGAACGAUCCCCGGGGCCCGGACCCAGAACUAGCCUGGGGGGCCGAGGCCGGGGGGCAGCAGAGGGACUCUGAAGUGGAGUGUCUGGGCCCAGCCUGGAGGGAUGAGGCUGAGGCCAGGGGCCAGGAGGGAAACUCCCCGGUGGAGCGGCUCGGCCAGGCCUGGGGGAGUGAGGCAGAGGACCAGCCGGGCCAGGCCCCUCCCUACGCUGGCGCCCCGGCCCCCCGCCCGUCACCGGGGAAGCCCUACAAGUGCACGGAGUGCGGCAAGGGCUUCAGCCAGAGCUCCCACCUGAUGCGCCACCUGGGCACCCACACGGGGGAGAAGCCCUACAAGUGUGGGGCCUGCGCCAAGAGCUUCACCCAGAACUCCAACCUGCUGCAGCACCAGCGCAUGCACACGGGCGAGAAGCCCUACCACUGCCCGCAGUGCGGCAAGCGCUUCUCCUGGAGCUCCAACCUCAUCCAGCACCAGCGCCUCCACACCGGCCAGAAGCCCUUCCAGUGCGCCCAGUGCGGCAAGCGCUUCUGCGAGAGCUCCCGCCUGCUGGAGCACCAGCGCAUCCACACCGGCGAGAAGCCCUACCGCUGCCCGCUGUAG